AUGUUUGGAACCGAAGAUUUGGCAAUAGCGCUGGCCGUUAUAAAACGCAGGAAUCCAGACCUUUGGCAAAAGUGGGUUUUGCAAGUGGGAAAGAGUACAAUUCCUGUUUCCCCUAUGCAAUUGCCGCCGCAAGCAGCCAAACACGACUCAAGAGCGGCUAAACCUGCAGCGAAAGAAGAAUUAGUGACAUUGGCGCUUGUGGAUCGUUUUAUGUAUAAAUAUGUCAUGGGAAAUAGUAUCUCAAGACAUUUGGGGCCCACUUGUAGUUUUUUAAACGGUCGCCAAUUCACAUUCCAAGGUCUGGCAGCUUCUAAGGAGAUAAUCAAGUCUUUGGCCAUUGACGUCGAAGACUUCGAGGUCACCAAACAGCUGUUGCCCAAUUACAGACUUCUGAAGUGGCUGUUUGCGGUUCGCCUGAGCAAUCACAGAAGCCAAAAAAUCUCCAUCCAUGUUGUGCGCUCCUUUCAGCUAGUUUUGGCGUCAUACUACUCUUUCGUCGCUGUCCCAAAGAAAUCGGCGUCAGAUAUAUGCCAUUUGUUGCUUCUUGGGUUCAUGAAGAAUGAGAUACUUGGAUUCGGACCAUCAAAAACUCGAAUCCUCAAAUUACUGCGGGAAUACACCAAUUCGAGAGCCAUAGAUCAAAAUGAUAUUUCCUUUCGGUCACUGUGCAAAGGCCACUCGAAAAUGUUGGCCUUGAUCAUCAACUUUAUGAUACAAGACGACAAGAUUCAGGCUUUGAGUGACAUCAUGAAAUUCACCCUACAGCUGAUGGAAAGUCUUGUUGUAUGUUUGAUAAAGGUCACUCGGCCCAAAUCUGGCGAGAUCGGAAAUGGAAAAGCGUUUCGAGAAAUCUAUAGACGCCGCUCGACUCGGAUGAGCUACAAAUAUGUGAGAGACUUUUUGGACGCUGCGCAUCACUUGGAAAUUGGUGAAAGUGCCCGAAGAAUGAAAGCCUGUGUGGAGCUCUUGCUGUGUCUGCUUGCGUCCUUGCAGUGGGAUAGUAUGACCGAUCCCGACUCCAAGGUGUUGGCAGUGUUCCAGGAACACCGUUCAAAUUUGCUGAGCGAAUUCCUGGUUUUGGAUGACCUUGACCUUAUCACUAGGUUUUUGCAACUUCCCUGGCCAUACGAAUGA